GAGAGAGAGAGAGAGAGAGAGAGAGAGAGGCUUUGAAGAAGUGAAAAGCUCCCAGGUCUGAGUCACCAGAGUCCCGGGACGAUCGGCCUGAAAACACAAGGACCGCUCUGCACCUGCUCCUCCCUCAGUCUGCACCAGGACCUGUGAAUCAGAGCAGAAUGACAGCGGCAACGAAGCUCCUGGAUGAGAUGUGCUUGUUGACAGCACAGUCUCUGAUCUCCAUGGAAACGGCAGAGCACUUCCAGGUCCUGAAGAUGUUGGGAGAGGGGUCCUACGGGAGGGUCAUGCUCGCUGUGCACAAGAAGAGAGGCACUCCAAUGGCCCUGAAGUUCUUCCCCCGUGAGUCCACCUCCAUAGUUUCAUUCCUUCGGGAGUAUAACCUCUCCCUCUCCUUCUGCACCCAUCCCUCGCUCACCCGCGCUCUGGGCAUCGCGUACAGCACCCCCUCGCACUACGUGUUCGCCCAGCAGGCCAGUCUGUUUGGAGACCUGUACGACGUCAUUAUACCGGAGGUGGGGAUGGAGGAGGAGAGCUGUCAGAGAGUGGUGUCUCAGCUGUGUGGAGCUCUGUCCCACCUGCACUCGCUCGGCUUCGUCCACAGAGACCUGAAACCAGAGAACGUGUUCCUGUGUGACGCGGCCUGUCGCUGGGUCAAACUGGGAGACUUCGGCAUGGUCAAACCCAGAGGCACUAAGGUCCCGGAGGUGUGGUACAGCUCUCCAUACUGCCCCCCAGAGGCAGAGGUGGCUCGGGGUAACGUGGACUGCUGGAGCUCUGGAGGUGGAGGAGAGGCAGGCAGAGGAGAGGAGCGUCCCAAACGUGUGUGGGUCCCGGUGGAGCCCUGUACAGACAGCUGGGCUCUGGGCAUUCUCACCUAUGCUAUGCUAACAGGUAGCCACCCCUGGUCUGAAACCGCAAGCGACUGCAGGUCCUAUCUCAUUUACAAGGAGUGGUUUGACUCUGAGAAAAGCCCAGAAGACGAGCUCGAUGUUUGGGCUUGUGGAGGAGAGGGGCAGGAGCAAAAGAAUCUUGGAGCUCCAGUAGCACCUCAGUUCAGCUGUUUUACCCCUCUGGCGUGUUCGUAUUUCCAGAGCCUGCUAGACCCCAGGCCCAAGCAGCGUGGACAGCCUGCAGACAUGCUAGCAUUCCUGGGAGCGGAGUGGAUGAGGGAGGCGGAGAGGGAGAGGCUAGCCCAGGAGAGGAGGAAGAGCAGAGGAGCCAUCAGCAAUGUGAAAGAUCUGGAAGGAAGGAGCGAACGCUGAGACGCUUAGACUCUGACUUUAAUGAUGUAAAAGAGGAAUUACUUGGACACAGCAGCUCAGAAAUAUAAAACAAUGAAAACACCUUCAAUGGUCUGGCCUGGAACGAUUCUGAGACAUUCUGAAAAACAAAGAUGGAGAAAUUCAACAGUUUGGCAUGAAACUUAUCUAUCUAUGGAGACAAGCAGGGAUACCACCAAAUUAGGAGUCAGAUUUGUGCGCAGUAACAUCUGUAAAUGAAUACAGGAUAGAAAAAUUAAAAGUAAAGCCACAGCAUCUCCAUGGAAACAGAUAGCAGAAAGGUUCACAGUGUAAAGAAAAGCUUCUGUAGCAAUCCAUCCGUCCACAUUCUUCCCUUCUAGGCGGGGAUGUGCAGACCAGGGGAGGCGUCCAGGAGACAUCCAGUACAGAUGCCUGAGCCAACUCAUCUGGUUCCUUUCCACGUGGAGGAGCAGCGACUCUAGUCUGAGCUCUACCUUUUAUGUGACUGAGCUCUUCGCCGUAUCUCCACAAUCACCUAAAAACAACAGAACAUGAAGCACAUCGUCUUUUUCUCUUUUGCUUUCCUCCAUUUUCCUAAGACGUUACCUGACUGUACUUUGGUCCUGGUCAUACUUGGACAGUCUGGAGUAGUCUGGAGUAGUCUACAUUAUGUUGUGCUCUUGGCUUGAACAGUUGAACUUGUAAGAAUAUUAUGAAAUAGAAAUAGAAAUGAUGCCAUGGACACCCAGGAUUUUGACCUUAUGAACAGCCUCACAUGGUCUUGUAUAUACUCUCUCUUGGAAACCACUUCAUCUCGCCAAGCCGCUUUUCUCAAUCAGCAUUUUGCAGCCAUAGAAAAAGUUGUUAUGGAUAUGAGUACAUGAUAUGUGUGGUUUGGAUAUUUAAAGUGCAUUAAAACCAUAUUUAUAAAGUGUAACAGGUGCAGUGAGAGUGGAGCCCUGUAAAUCCACUGGGGUUUGUAAAGGAGGAGUUGUAUUUAGGUGUGUGAAAUAUGCUGUAUGUCAUAUAGGAGCCGUGUAAACAGCACAAGAAACUCCAGAUGCCCCGCCAGCUCCUCAUACUGCAUAAACUCAGUAUCUUAAGUUGCGUUAGAAUCUUUCUUUCUUUUUUUUUUUUUCUUGAUUGUAGUCAUUUCAACUAGAUUUUUAAUAGAUUUUUUUUAUAUGCAUCUGGGUAUUUCCAAAAGGUUUCUUGUUUCUAUACAGUACCUGCAUGAUAAUUUAAUGUGAGUGAUUUUUUAAAUAAAUAAAUAAAGUAAAAACAAACUCAAAGAUAAAAAAUCCAGAAGAUAAUUUUGAUAAUGACAAAAAUUAUUACUAAUUAUUAAGACAAUCAAAAAUGUACUAAAACAUUCAUGGAAAUAUUGUAGUUAAAGUUUCAGUCAGGAUGAAUUAAUGCCCCCUGUGUUUAUUUUUAAUUGGCUCUUUUUGUAACGCAUCCCUCCAUUUUCUUUUGGGUCGGGGGGCACUCUAAGCAGGGACUCCUAGACUUCCCUCAUCCCAGACACUUCCUCCAGCUCCUCCAGUGGGACCCAAAGGUGUUCCCAGGCCAGCCCAGAGACAGAGACCAGAGUCCCUCCAGCGUGUAAUGGGUAUUCCUCAGGGUCUUCUCCUGGUGGGACUGGGUCUUUUUGAUACCGUUCAUUUUUUUUUUUUUUAGUAAAGACAAUAUAGGCCUACUGGAUUUUCAAAUUUUGCAUAUUCCCCCCUCCAAAAAAAAAAAAAUAAUAAUAAUUAUUCAUGUAUUUUUUGCAGUGUGAGCAGGGGAUCUCCACAUGUCGCUGUGUUGUGUUUUUUUAGAGUCAAAGUGUGACAUAAGUUACUCUAGAGGCAGCACUUACCAACAGUUAGCACUUGUUAGCACUUAUUAGCACUAACAAACUAUAAAUGUACAAAUGUAAUAAAUGCAUGUUAUAUUUUUAUAGUUCUCUCCAGGUUUAUAUGUCCACUCUUUUUCAGUUUUGUACACUCACACUUUUCUGGGGCUUUUAAAUAUGACUUCUGCUUUGAAAUGAUUUUUGCAACAUUUGUAAAUAAAAUAAACGCUUUAACUG